AUGUCAGAUUUCCCAAGCCCACAACCUCUCGACAUUGAAUACGGAUCUUUGGAUGAGAAUUGGCAAUCCGAGACAGGCAAACGAGACGCGCUUCAACCUGCCUUCAGGUUCGAAGUAACUCAAAUUGUUUUUGUUCAAAUUUCCCUCAGGCUAACAAAUGACGGCUCUAUUGAUUGCACUUUCUGUCUAUCUACAGGCUUGUGAUCCCGACAUCUUUCCGAACAUCCACCUGUUGUUGCGAAUUGCAUGUACAAUUCCAGUAACAUCAGCUGAUAACGAACGCCCAAACAGCACUUUAAAACUAGUCAAGGGCUACCUCAGCCACGAUGACAACCAAGAGACUCUUUGGCCCAGCUUUAAGGAGUAUUCA